AUGAAAUUUACACAUCAUAUUAUAUCUCAAAAUAAUAAAAGAAAACAAACCGCUGGGAUAUUAAUUCCUGAAAAGGCUUUAGAAGCUCUUAACGAAGGUCAGGUUAUUGCCACCGGUAAAGGUGCCUUAGAUAAGGAUGGAAAACACAUUCCAAAUCAAGUAAAACCUGGUGAUCGUGUUCUUCUUCCUUCAUACGGUGGAAGCACAAUAAAAGUUGGAGAUAAUGAAUAUACACUUUUUCGUGAUUCAGAACUUUUGGCUAAAAUUAAUGAAAAAUAA